AUGGUUGAAAGAUCGGGCUCACCACAGUUGACUAGAGCAGCUCUGGAUUUUAGAAAAGGCGACGUCGUUACCACACCUUCAUUGAGCAUGCUUUGUGCUAUCGCUCGCACCACCUUGAACGAUGACGUUUACAGGGAAGACGAAACAACAAUAAAUUUUGAGCAAGAAGUGGCUAAUCUCUGCAACCACGAAGCCGCCGCAUUUGUUGUCUCUGGCACGAUGGCGAACCAGCUAGCUCUGCGAACACUGCUCUGGCAACCUCUACAUGCUCUCCUUGCCGAUGCAAGUGCGCAUAUAGUUCACUGGGAAUCUGGCGGAAUUUCCCGCUUCUGGGGAGCCAUGCUGCAAACUAUGCGUCCAAGCAACAAUCUUUAUUUGACUCUAGAAGAUAUCCAAAAGAGUGCCGUCCUGUCGUAUGACGUACACAAGUGCCCGACAAGAGUUGUGAGCAUUGAAAAUACUUCAAACGGAACCGUGGUGCCACUAGAAGAAUUACGUAGAGUUGAAGAUUGGGCUACAAGAGCUGGGUUACAGGUUCAUAUCGAUGGUGCAAGGCUUUGGGAAGCCGUUGCAGCUGGGGUGUGUGCUGAUUUAGUGACUGUCAACUUCAGCAAGGGUAUUGGUGCACCAAUGGGGGCGAUGGUCAUCGGUUCAGCAGAGUCGAUCCAGCGGUUGGGUCGGAUUCGCAAAAGUAUAGGCGAUGGUAUGCGUCAGUCUGGGGUUCUAGUUGCAGCUGCAAGACAAGGGCUUCUUGAGAAUUUUGGGACGAGCCAGACUGAUAUGAGAGGAAUUUUGAAGAAAAGUCAUUCGUUAGCAGGUACCAUUGGGACGCUAUGGAUUGAAAAAGGGGGAAAGCUAGUCAGACCCGUGGAAAAAAAUAUUGUAUGGCUAAAUCUGAGGGCCUAGGGCGUUACUGAUAGUGAAUGGACCCAAGCUG